AUGAAUUCAGGAUAUUCUUCAAAUAUGCUAGUUACAAGAAAUCUUAAUGAUGUAUUUUUUUUAUUAAGAAGCAAUUCUAAAAGUAGACUUUUAAAUACUGACAAUCAUUUUAACGAUAAUUUUAGUGUGUCUUUUUCAGAUGAUAAAGUUGCUUUAUUAAGUAACGAUGAUGUUGAACGUGGUCAGGAUGUUGAAUCAUCUGUUCCCCCUGACUGGGUUAAUAUGAUGGAUGAAAUUCAAUAUGAGUUAACAAGAAUAAGAACAAGAAUAGAAAAUUGUCAUGAAUUACAAAAUAAAUAUAUGGGAAAACAUUCACUUGUUAAUGAGGAAGAAAAUAUGAUUCAACAAGAACAGAUUAACUCAGCUACAAGUGAAGUAUCAUCAUUAUUAUCACAUUGUAAAAAAUUAAUUGUCCUUCUAGAGGAGUCAAAUGAACGUGAUACACAAACAACAAAACUUUUAAGAAAAAAUGUUGAAUCAGCGUUGUCACAAUCGCUCUCUGAAUUAGUUAUUAUAUUUAAGAAUAAUCAACAAAAAUAUUUUAACUAUAUUAAUUCGCGAUCUAAUAAUGUAUCAUCUUUUCUUGUAACACCAGGAGAUGGUUUUGGUAAUUUUUUGGAGGAAUCAGUAUUUGAUGGGAAUGAUCAAUUUAGUGAAGAACUUAAUGUUAUGCAAAUUCAACAAAUUAUGGAAAAUGAAAAUAUGUCUAAAGAGAGAGAAAAAUGUAUAAUGAAUAUCUUGCAGAAUUAA